GGGGAGCCGCUGCAUGGGGCCGGGGGGGCGGCCCUGCUGCGCGGAGCGGCGGCGGAGGCGGACCCCCCAGGCGGGCUGGGGCUGAGCCCGGGGCCGGGGCGGGAGCUCCGGGGGGACCAUGCCCGGAGGCCGGCCGGCCGCAGCAUGGCUCACGGGCCCGGCGCGCUGAUGCUCAAGUGCGUGGUGGUCGGCGACGGGGCGGUGGGCAAGACGUGCCUACUCAUGAGCUAUGCCAACGACGCCUUCCCGGAGGAGUACGUGCCCACCGUCUUCGACCACUACGCAGUCAGCGUCACCGUAGGGGGCAAGCAGUACCUCCUGGGACUCUAUGACACGGCGGGACAGGAAGACUAUGAUCGUCUGAGGCCUUUAUCUUAUCCAAUGACCGAUGUCUUCCUUAUAUGCUUCUCUGUGGUAAAUCCAGCCUCGUUUCAAAAUGUGAAAGAGGAGUGGGUACCCGAACUUAAGGAAUACGCACCAAACGUACCCUUUUUAUUAAUAGGAACUCAGAUUGAUCUCCGAGAUGACCCCAAAACUUUAGCAAGACUGAAUGAUAUGAAAGAAAAGCCCAUUUGUGUGGAACAAGGACAGAAACUAGCAAAAGAGAUAGGAGCAUGCUGUUAUGUGGAAUGUUCGGCUUUAACCCAGAAGGGACUGAAGACUGUUUUUGAUGAGGCUAUCAUAGCCAUUUUAACUCCAAAGAAACACACAGUAAAAAAAAGAAUAGGAUCAAGAUGUAUAAACUGUUGUUUGAUUACGUGAGAAACAUCUUCAGUGGCCAAGGAAACUGUCCAUUUCUCUCAAAAAGCAUAUGAAAUGCUACAGCUAUACCCAGACAUCUGAUAAUGAAGCGGUUUAAAACUUGAAAGAAAAAAAAAAAACCCAAAAAACCCUGUCCUCAGAAUUCUAUAAAAUUCAUUAAGAAUGUUUCUUAAAUAAGGUCCAAGAAGCAGCAAACAGCAUCUGAAGCCACAAUCUAUUAUAAAUACUUUAUUUCAACUAGAAGGUACAAUCUCUCAGGGGUUUCAUAGUUUAAAAACCUACAAUCACAUCAUGUUGUAACUACAUAAAAACAAAAAAAAAAAAACAAAAACAAAAAAACACAACAGUGCUGUAAAUGGAACUGCCUGGCUUAGACCCUAUACAUUUCUGCACAGUCUUUAUGGGAUCUGCACAAAGAAAUAUCUUCUCCCUUUGCUCCAAUUAAUUGUUCUUGUAUGUAAGUUGCUUUCUAUUCCAGUAUAUCCAGAGUGGUGAAAUCACAAGGCCAGCCACGUAGCCAAAGGUCGCUCCAAGCGUACAGGAGAUGGGCCAUACCUGAGGAGAGAAUGUAUGAGAUCAAAAAAGAACAACUGUUUUAUUAUUACUUGAGCACAAGUGUAACCUAAAUAUUUCUAUAUUAAAGCUUAAUGUGCUUUCUUAAAGAAUGCCAAAAGUGUAAUAAGGUCAUAACUGCAUUUAUCACGAACACUAAAAAUGUACACAUUUUUAUGUGCAUUCAGCUGUAACAAGGCAUCUGGCGACUGUAGAUUUAGUUUGAUGCUCCCCAAACUGCAUGAGAUACAUCCUAAAAUUACAAAUUAAAAUUCUGGGUCAGACUUUGUCAUAAUCCUGGACUCGAUAUAGCUGUCUGAAGUAGUUGGCAAUUUUGUUCUUUAAUUUCCACCUUGGCUUAUAUAUACAAUGAAACGAGAAGUGUAUGUUGACCAAAGUACAAGAAAGUUGAAUCUGUGCUAAAGAGAACAGACCUAGAAUUCAAGCAUGUUACAUGGAAUUUAUAACAAAGCAACUGCUUCCAUAAUAAAACUGAUGUCACCUUUCAGACACAGGUAUUGGAACCAUAGCAGGAGUUCUAGAGCCACAACUUCAGUACACACCUAGAGCGUCAGUUAAAUACUGGCUUCUAAAUACCUAUCUUCUCCAGCCAUGUUAUGUUUCGCACUAUUACAUCAAGCAAGCCAGAAGUGUAAAUAAUGUUGAUUUCUUUCAUCCGCAAGCAGUGCAUGCCAGUCCCUAGGUGAAAGGCCCUGCUUUAAAAAAAAUUAUGUUCAUCUGAGAAGCUUACUUGGUAUACUGGAGCCAUUUCUAAUCUUUCUCUGGGGGAUCAGGCCAUAGAACUGUGUUAGAGGUGAACCAUCUUAAUUACUAGUUCUAUAACCUAAUUAAGCUUUCUUGUUUGGUCUGCUGUGGAUCCGCCUUGUUCCAAGUGCCAUGCAACAGACAAUAGUGUUAGACAAAAAGUUUCCGUGUGAACAAAUUAAUGCGGUUCAGAGAAGCAUAAUCUAACCCAUAAAAUUUUCUCCAGUCUUUCCUACAUUUAAACUUGCUGUUGACUAAAUUAUGAUUUAUUUAUGUCUUUGGUGAGCUUCUGUUAAUUUCCAUGACUUGAGCUAAUAGCUGUGUCUAUUGCACAGAUUGGGUAAUGGAACACUAAACUUUUAUACUUGAAAAUGACAGCCUUAAAUGCUCAUAUCAGUCACAAAUCUAGGAUGUACUGUCUUGUAUGUGAGCUUUGUAGAGAUUUUUAAAAAUAUAAGCAUCAUCUUCCCCAUUGAAGAGUGGAGAGUCUACUGGAUAACUAGUCAGGAACUUUCUUUCUGAACUGGACAGUGGAUGUCUUCCUUCUCCCAAGAAGUGAUGGUUCACAUUAAGUACCAUGGCCUUAUGUAUGCUCAAAUGGAAUCCUUAUGUACUUUCUCACUUAAUUUGGGUCUAUUAAUUAUUAGCUAUUUUUAGAACUGAAAAGAAUUGCAUAAAUCAAUUAGCAUAUGAGUUAAGUUGUCCAACACAUGGUAUAAAGGAAUUAAGACAGUAAAGUAUUAUACAUUUCCAACUUGACUUUGGGGGUUUGAUGGGGAUUUUUUUUUUCUCAAAUUCACCUCUGAAACUUUCCACACCUGGGUUUACUAGCCAGUUAAAAUUAAAAGCUAGAAUUUGUCCUGCCCCAAGAGAAAUGGACUAGGAAUCUGGAAACACAAACUCUGAUGUCACCUCUGUUUCCUGCCUGGGCCUCAGUUUCCUCAUCUGUAAACAUGGGAGGUAGAACGAGAGGAUCUCCAACAUCUCUCCCAUUUAUCAACUCUUCUGAUUCUCUUCUUUUUUUGGACCUUGCCUUUUCAGCUGCACAUUCUUAAGAUGGUAAAAAUCCUGUACAUAGAUUAUUAGAACUCUAAGCAAAGAUGAUUGUAUCAUCUGAACCUGAGGUGCCUUAGGUACUCUAUUGACCUUGAUGGGGUUUGGAGUUUCCCAUUGCUUAUUAAGAGCCUUUUCAUUGCUUUGGUUCUUUAGGAUUUCUUUUUGCACUCAAUCCUUCCUGUCACUUUAACUAAAAACCAAAGAUUUGUUUUCUAUUCAUAAGCAGAUUAUAGAAAAAUUGCCUUAUUUUCAGAAGCAUGUCUUCAUUAAAGACUUAAGUUUCAGUAGAAAUUGAGACUAAUCACUGGAACAACUAGUUCAAAGUAGUCAAAUAUCUGGGAAAUAAAAUACUUCAAAAACAUCUGACUGACAUGAAUUUUGCUAGUUAAUGCAAAUGCAUUGCUUCAAAUAAGGUCAUGUAUGAAUGAAUUUAAAAGAAACGUACCGUUAAUUUUUUUUUGCAUAUAAUCAAUUCUAAAGUUCUCAAGAGUAAUUUUAGGGGCUCCCUGAAAUCUUAUUUAAUACUUUGCUAACUUGUACCUUUUUUUUGUCUCUACAGAUACAUUUUAGGUUAGCCCAUGUUGAAUUAUCUUAUUUCUAAUAAGUAGAGCCUGAAUUAAUGGUUUUUAUUGUGAAUUAGUUACUUUAGGCAUUGCUUCCAUUUGAUUUCUAAUUAUUACUUUUAAGUACCAAAUUAAAUACUGGUUUGUUGGUUGUUGCUUUUUAAGUGAUUGUUACUUUAACAGUGUCCCAUUUUAACACAUGGGGUUAUAAAUAAAAUAAUAUGCAUAGUUUACUAUCUAUGUAAAGCACUGAA